CUGUGGAUAGCGUUCAGACGAAUCUAAUAGAUGAUGGAAACAUUGAUACUUCGCCACUAGAUGGAGCCAGUCAGAGCCAGUCCAAAUUAUACAUAGAUUGCCUUACCCCGGAGGAUGAGGGCACCUACACAUGCGUGGCAGAGACCCCUUUCAGUCGAGUCAGCAGUGACACAGUAGUUGCAAUGUCAAAGGAAGGAGUGGUUGUGAAGGAACCUCUCUGUUUCAAAGAAACGCUUAUUGGUUUGCCAGCAAGGAUUUACAUGUGGACACGCUUUCGUUUCGAAAGACAAGGAAAUGAUGUUCAGUUGUUCUGUCGUAGUUCCGAACUACCAGAAUCGUAUGUGACGUGGUCAAGAGGUGAAGAAAAUGCACAGCUAGAGAAUGGCGAGAAGUAUAUGAUCUUGAACAAUGGAGAUUUAAUCAUUCGGGACAUCAGCUGGGAAGACAUGGGCAUUUACACCUGCAAUGCUCGUAAUGCUUUCGGGUCAGAUACAGCUUUGGCAUUUCUUUAUCCAGUAAAGAUCUAGUGGAAGAAAUGAAAAUUACCAGUGUUUUACGGAAACAUUCGGGAAGUUUAUACAUUAUGUGCAUCUGGCGAUCGUCUUGUGUCUUCGUUAUUGUAAAAAAACAUCGGGCACGGUAUAAAUGUUUUAAGGAAAACGUCACUUUUCCAAAUGUUUCACUUUCUGUAUAUAUUUCUUACAACCGUUCAUUAUGUUACUUAAUAUAACUGUUCGUUUCAUAGAGAAAAGCAUAUAAUUUGUAUAUUUUGAUCAGUUAUAUCUUCCUGUAUAUUGCACUGAAUAUUCUUACAUUUACUUUGUAAAUAUUUUUUUUUUAUCUUAUGUUUUAUUUCCACCACCCAUAUUUAGGUUAUUUGUAUUUAUUUCUAUAUGUAUAUAUUGGAAAAUAUCACGUUCUGGUGUCUUAUUGAAACGAAAGAUUGCAUUAAAGUUUGUAUAAAGAUGCCUUAUGUGAUGUAAGAUUAUUUUAUUUCUAUCAGAACUGUAUUUCGGUCUAAUUGAGACUUACCAAAAUUAAAUUAAGACAGUUUUGCAUCAGAA